UUAAAUUAUUUUCCCAUUAUGCCAAGACGAGGUCGUGCAAAAAAAGAGGGCCCUGAAUCUGGGGAAGAUUCUGAUGAAUACAGGAAAAAAAGGGACCGAAAUAAUCUGGCUGUCAAACGUAGUAGAGUGAAGUCAAAACAGAAAACACAAGAAACUGUCUCUAGAGUGAAUGAAUUGAAGAACGAGAAUACCGUUUUGGAAGAAAAAGUGAAUACUCUUACAAAAGAACUGGGUUUCCUCAAAGAACUGUUUCUUGCACAUGCUUCCAACAAUGUGGACAAAUCCAAAUUUGAUGGACUUGAUUUACAGAAAUUGUUAGAAGAUACCAGUAGUGCAAGUACAAGUAACAACUAG